UCAAAGAGGACCCAAACAACAUGUACCGGAAAAAAUGUUGUAAACAUUGAAAUAAUCAAAAACACUUUCGGAUUUUCAGUUUAAUAAGAAAACUUGUGUUGAAGAUGAACAACAUGUCACCUGAGGUUGCACUGAACCUCAUCUCUCCGGAGCUGCGGCCCUUGCUGUGCAGUGUGGUGCGGAAUGGUCGAGUGGGUCUCGAUUCCUCUAAUCGCCUUCGUGUAACUGACCUCAAGACUGGAUGCACCUCUCUGACCCCAGCACCUUGCUGUGACCGCUUCAAGCUCCACAUCCCCUAUGCUGGUGAAACCCUGAAAUGGGAUAUCAUCUUCAACGCACGAGAUCCUGAACUCCCCCCCGACUUCAUUUUUGGGGAGGACGCUGAAUUUCUACCUGAACCCUCAGAGCUUCCACACCUGGUCCAAUGGGAUGCGGGCAACCCCGAGUGCCUGCUCCAGUUGGUGAAGGAGUUGAUCCAGCAGUACCACCAGUACCAGUGCCAGCGCCUCCGAGAGAGCUCGCGGCUGCUCUUCGAGUACGACAGCUUGCUCGAGGACCCUAACUAUGGAAGCAGCAUGGAGAUCUACGCUGGGCGCAAAAACAGCUGGACUGGAGAGUUCUCUGCCUGCUUCCUGCUCAAGCUCCCCGUGGACUUCAGCAACAUCCCUGUCUAUCUACUCAAGGACACGGCCCUGGACCCAGGUGAAGAUGUGGCCCUUCUCUCUGUGAGCUUCGAGGACGCCGAGGCCACCCAGGUGUUCCCCAAACUCUACUUGUCUCCAAGCAUCGAGCAUGCCCAUGUCCCUCAAGACCCCUGCAUCGCCCCACCAUGCUGUCUUUGGUUUUUGGGGAUCAGGAAAAGCCCCUGGGACUACCCCCCCCCCGCCCCCUUCAAAUCUUACCGUGCCCUUGGAGGCUCCUCUGCACUUCAUAUCCCAGCAUUCCCCAGUGGAGGCUGCCUAAUCGACUACGUACCUCAAGUAUGCCAGCUACUCACAAACAAGGUGCAGUAUGUCAUCCAAGGUUACCACAAGAGGAGGGAGUACAUUGCUGCUUUUCUCAGCCACUUUGGAAUGGGUGUGGUUGAGUACGAUGCAGAAGGGUUCACAAAGCUCACCCUUCUCCUGAUGUGGAAAGAUUUCUGUUUCCUUGUCCACGUGGACCUUCCCCUCUAUUUCCCCCGCGACCAGCCCACAUUGACCUUCCAGUCGGUCUACCACUUCACCAGCAGCGGGCAGCUUUACUCGCAGGUGCAGAAGUCCUACCCCUACAGCCCGCGCUGGGACGGCAAUGAGAUGGCCAAGAGAGCCAAAGCGUACUUCAAGAGCUUCAUCCCUCAGUUCCAAGAAGGGGCCUUUGCAAAUGGAAAACUCUAGGGCUCUCACAGUGUGCGUGUGCGUGUACAUGGGUGUGAUUGCGACUUAAAACACUCUCGGUGUCUCAAAACGGCAUCCUCACUGUCCUGUUUGUGUGUUUGUAUCUGUGAGUGUGUGUUGACAUGUAUGACUGUUUACCUACUGUACAGACUCUAGUCAUCAUUUAAACUGUUGAUAGAGAGAAACUGUGUUCUGUUUUUGGAAGUGUGGAGUAAAAUGCUGUUUAUUAAAGUUUUUGUAAGGUUAUGGGGUAAGUAUGGAGAUUCCCAACAAAAUACCUCAAAUUCGACAUGUUAUUGGUUAACAGGGGACUGGAAAGGCCCUCGUUUUACAAAAUGGUAGAACCCCCAACUCUCUUCCAGAAAGAUUCAUCCACUCGGAGAACCCCUUUGACACAUAUUGGUGGUCUACACAAGAAAAUGUACCAGUUUCCUAUACUCCUGUACUAUAUACCUUAAGCUAGUCAGUAUGAUUUAGUUGACCAUUCUGGACCUGUCUUAAUUCAUUUUAUGAACAUGAUAAUUUAAGUUCAGCGCUGAAUUGGAAACUACUGUGUCUGUGCCAUGUUAUUUUCCACUGUUGAAACCUGUAGUGCCCCCCACCCCCAAUUCACUGGCUUUCACUGACAGUCUUACUGUUUGUUACUAAUAUAUGUCUGUUUAUAUUAUUUUUUUCCCCAUCUCGAUCAAUAAAUCCAUUAUCAAGUCA